CAUUAGUUUGCGAAAUUUAUCUGCUGAACUUUACUCUCGCAAAUUGUAAAAAUGGCUGGUCUUGCACGUCCAGUGUACAUCGUAGCGGCUAAGAGAACCGCGUUUGGCACAUUUGGAGGAAAACUAAAGGGUAUAACGGCAACUGUGCUGGGACAACAUGCCGCUGUUGCUGCGAUGGAAGCAGGAAAAGUUGAUCCAGCGAUUGUGGACUCAUCCGUGUUUGGUAACGUUAUCCAGAGUGCAUCAGAUGCAGCCUAUAUCUCAAGACAUAUUGCCCUGAAGGCCAAUGUCCCUGUUACGACUCCAGCUUUGACUUUGAACAGACUCUGUGGUUCAGGUUUCCAGGCAGUUGUCACAGCAGCACAGGAGAUUCAGCUGGGUGAAAGUGACAUUGUUUUGUGUGGAGGCUCAGAGAACAUGAGUCAAGCACCAUAUGCCCUUAGAGAUGCUAGAUUUGGAACAAAAUUAGGACUUGACUUAAAGCUUGAGGACACUUUGUGGCAAGGUUUGACCGAUUUUCAUGCUAAAAUGCCUAUGGGUGUCACUGGAGAAAAUCUUGCAGAAAAAUACAAUAUCACAAGGCAAGAAUGUGACGAGUUUGCUCUGCUAUCUCAGAAAAGAUGGGCUGAAGCUCAUGCAGAUGGCCGAUUUGUUGAAGAAAUUGUUCCUGUGACUGUGAAAGGCAGGAAGGGACCAGAGGAAUUUAAGGUUGAUGAACAUCCUAAGCCAGACAGUACUAUAGAGCAGCUGGCAAAGUUAGCACCAGUGUUUAAAAAAGAUGGAACAAUUACUGCUGCCAAUGCUUCUGGCAUAUGUGAUGGGGCUGCAGCACUCAUUUUAGUCAGUGAGAAAGCCCUGAAGGAACAUAACUUCACUCCUCUCGCAAGAAUUGCUUCAUAUUCUGUGGCUGGUGUAGAGCCAUCAAUCAUGGGAAUAGGUCCUGUCCCAGCAAUUAAAGCAGCUCUAAAUAAAGCUGGAAAGAGUCUGCAAGACAUGGCACUGGUUGAGGUGAAUGAAGCAUUUGCUCCUCAGUUUCUUGCAGUUCAAAGGGAACUUGAACUGGACAUGAACAAGACAAAUGUGAAUGGUGGAGCAAUUGCUUUAGGGCACCCAGUAGGCACCUCAGGAGCAAGAAUCACAGGGCACUUAGUGCAUGAGCUGCGUCGAAUUGGUGCUAAGUAUGCUGUUGGUUCUGCAUGUAUAGGAGGUGGUCAGGGUAUAGCUGUUGUUCUUGAAAAUGUUCAAUGAGUUGAAUCUUUGCAGUUGAACUGGAAAAGAGAAUUUCAGCAACAUUUUUGUGGAAUUCUUAUGAAGAAAAAUAUUUUUGCUUGGAAAGAGUGUAUGAAUGUGAAGGUUACCAAAGACCUUUGUACGAGUUAAGCUUAAAAACACUAUGGCAAGUUGUUUGUCUAUUAGUUUCAAAAGUGCUGGUGAGACAUUUGGCUUGCUUGCAGGCUUUUUCAGGUAGUAUCUAAUUUAUUGCUUGGACAAAACACCUCAACACUCAUCCCAGUUUUGAGGCUUGUAUCCAGAAUCAUUUCUUUAGCAUAUAUUAAAAUAGAUUUUAACUUAAACCUGCCUUAAUUUCACUCACAAACUGUGGUUAUUCAAUUUUACCUUUGUUGACUUUGAGCUGUUGAUGAAAAAAAUCAGUGAAAACUGUAAAAAGAAGGUCUUAAUUUAAGGUUAUUUUAAUUACUGUUUAUGACUCUUCACAGAAUAAAGAAGACAAGCUUUGUUUUUACCACUUUCAAAUGA